AGUCUGGGACAGGAGCGGGGUAACGAUAACGGUAACGGCACAGGCAUAUCAGUGGCCGGCUACUCUGAGGACUACGUUAACACGCAGAGAACCAAUUAAGCUAAUGAGCUGCCCAGGAGGCCGGUGUCCAGACACACACGUUUUUUAGCCAAAUGGAUUCAGAAGAGCUCUUCCAGUGUCCCUAUGACAAAAACCAUAUGAUUCGUUCUGGCCGCUUUCAGCACCAUCUUGUGAAGUGUGUAGAGAACAAUAAAGCUGUAGCAAAAGGACUGGCCACUUGUCCAUUCAAUGCUCGUCACAGAGUACCCAAAAAAGAACUUGAAUUGCAUAUGCAGACCUGUGAGAACAAAUGUCUCCUGGAGCCUCUUCCUGCAUUUGGAGAAGUAAACUAUGAAGCUGAGGUAAAACACAAAGAUUAUCUUUCAGCAUGGCAGUCACCUCCAUCUGAGGAGAACUGGGAAGAAGAAUCGGAAACUAAGAGGUCUACCUUUGUCCUGCGAGAGUAUGGGAACUACUGUCCUUACAGUUCUGAAACCACAUUUGACAACUGUGCAUCCAGCGCUACAGCAAAGCCAAGUCAAGGAUACACCAACAGUGGAAAUCCUACAGAAAAGCCAAGUCCAGGGGGGGGUGAUAACUUUGGAAAUCUUACAACAAAGCCAAAUCAAGGAUACAGAAAUGGUGAAAAAAAUACAGCAUGGUCAAGUGAAGGUAGAUGCACCACGAGUGGAUAUCUUGCAGCAAAGCCAAGUCAAGAAUAUGCCAACCUUGGAACUACAGCAAAGCCAAUCCAAGAGGGAUACACCAACAGACCUUCUGCAGAUAAGCCAAGUCGAGGAGGAUAUGCCAACCUUGGAACUACCGCAAAGCCAAUCCAAGAGGGAUACACCAACAGACCUGCAGAAAAGCCAAGCCAAGGAGGAUACACCAACAGUGGUAACCCUACAGUGACAAAAGUCAAUCCUUGGUGCACCUAUCGAAAAGUUGCUAGUGCUGCUACUGAGCCUGUGAAUUCAUAUGAAAAUGAGUGGCCAAGACUUGAAAAUCUGAGUAUCAAGGAACGAAGACAAAUGAAAUGAUUGUGGACACUGGCGAGAAGCUUUGGAUUUGCAAAAGGAAUAUCCUGGGCAGCUAUUUUUAAUCUACUACAUUUUUUUUUAACAUGACUGUAGAUGCAACUGUUUUUACUUAAAAAAAAAAAAAA